UCCCCCAUCCAUUCGCAAAGCAGAACACAAUUCUUUGAAAAUGGCAGCACGCACUCUCUCCACAGCCCCAAAUCGAAUAAUCCGACUCGAAUGCAACCAUAACAAUCCAUUUUUACCUACCUGGAAUACUCUCGGACUACCCAGAUUACAGAAUUCUUGGCUUGGCAUCAUAGCAAUCAAACUCUCGAUCAAUUUCAUCAAUGUCAGACCCUUUUUACCGAAGUACCCUCCCAUCAAAGCCACUGUCUCCUUCAGCCUCCCUACUGCAAAGCCAGAGCCUGUUGCUUCCACUGAGAAAAUGCCCAAAUGGUCGUCAAAGGCAAUAAAGUCAUUUGCAAUGGCCGAGUUGGAAGCAAGGAAGAUAAAGUCCCCGACCACGGGUACUGAAGCUCUUCUCUUGGGGAUCUUGAUUGAGGGAACAAAUUUCGCUUCAAAAUUUUUGUGGGCAAAUGGAAUUACACUCCUUAAAGUGCGGGAGGAAAUUGUCAAAUUACGUGGAAAACCUGAUUUGUACUUUUUCAGUCCUGAGCAUCCACCUUUAACUGAAGAUGCUCAAAGGGCUCUUGAUUGGGCUAUUGAUGAGAAGAUUAAAUCUGGCAACGACGGGGAAAUUACUACUACUCAUUUACUUCUCGGAGUAUGGAUGCAAGAAGAAUCACCAGGAUACAAAGUACUGACUGCACUAGGCUUCAGUAAUGAGAAAUCUAAAGAGCUUCAUUCUUUGAUAUCCGAACCUGAAUUUGUAGACUGAGAGUAGUUUCUUGUCAUUCAAUGUAGCUUUUCAUGUAAUUUUUUUCGACCCAAAUCAGGUUGCCAAUCCAGACCUUGUGUACAAAUUUGGAGUAUCGUGAGAAUGUAACAGUCGUGUAAAAGUUUCUUUAGAAUUGUUCAAGAAUUUAUGUUCAUCCCAUUUAAAUAAGGUAAUUAAUAAUUCUUUGGUACCUUUUA